AUGUCCUACAAGCCCAUCGCGCCCCGCCCCCGCAGCGCCAGCCCCGCCCCGGGGCCCGCGGCGCCGCCCGCCGCCACCAGCGUCCCCUCGCCGUCCGGCUCCGCGCCCGGCGCCGCCGCCGCCCCGUUCCGGCCGCUCUUCAACGACUUCGGGCCGCCCUCCAUGGGCUACGUGCAGGCCAUGAAGCCCCCCCGGUGCCCCGGGCUCGCAGAGCACCUACACCGACCUGCUGUCCGUCAUCGAGGAGAUGGGCAAGGAGAUCCGGCCCACCCUACGCCGGCAGCAAGAGCGCCAUGGAGCGGCUCAAGCGGGGCAUCAUCCACGCGCGGGCGCUGGUGCGGGAGUGCCUGGCCGAGAACAGAGCGCAACGCCCGCAACGUGACGGCCGCCUCCGGUGUCCCCCUCCCUUCCCCUCCCCCCCACCGGUCGCCGGAGCCCCGGCCGGUGCCCCCCCCCCCCCAUCCCAACCCUUUCGUACGGGGCCGCCCCCGGGGCUCCCCCUGA